AUGAGUCAACAGAGGACCCAACUCCAGAAAGCCCAACUCCAGAAUCAAGCCACUCAUAGCUCUGAUGGUACAGCUGAGAGUGUCACAGUGCCUCCUAGUGGCAGCUCGAGGAGUGCAGGAGCGCCGGUCCUACUGAGGGGCUUGGAGGACCAGACAGUGAUGGACGGCUGCUUUGUGAGGAUGGUGGUGGAGGUGACAGGAGACCCUGAGCCCAGUGUGUUCUGGCUACACAAUGGGAAAGAGCUGGUGGAGUCGGAAGACGUCCAUUUCGGACGGAGCGGCAGCGAAUGCUGGCUCUGCAUUCGCGAUGUCUUCCCCGAGGAUUCAGGCAAAUACAUCUUUGUGGCCUGGAACCACAAAGGGAUUGUGAGAGCUGAGUCGAUACUGAAGGUGCAAGAACCCUCUGGUGGCACGCGGCCAUGGUUCAUCAUCCGUCCGAAGCAAGCGGUGGCGGCAGCUCCCGGUUGUCACGUUCUCAUCUCCGCGGCGGUCGCUGGGGACCCCUUCCCCGAGGUGCACUGGGUGCGGAGUGGCGUGGGGCGGCUGCUGACCUCGGGGGGCGGCGGUGCUGGCGAGGAGGUGGAGAGGGAGCAGCUGAGGAUCGUGCAGAAGGGCAACAUCGCCUCUCUGUUCAUCAGGAAAGUGGCGUCGCAUCAUGCCGGAGAUUACCACAUCCGGCUCAGCUCCAGAGGGGUUUCGGUGGGAGUUGGACUAGCGCGCGGGACCGUGAGAGUCAGUGAGUCUGAGAGCUGCAGAGGGAGCAGGACCUCCAGUCAGCCCAGGCAACAGACCCCAGGCAAUAAGCCGUCCCUACAGCCCCAGCAGGAGAGGCCAGAGUGGGACUCCUCCGAGCAGCAGCAGCUAUCCCCUAAGCAUCAGCACCACCAGCACCACCACGACCAGUUCCAGGUCCAGGUCCAGAUCCAGUCCCAGAACCGAGUCCAGCUUCCGCAGCCAAAACAGGACCACUACAAUCACAAACUUCACCAGGACGACCACCAGCAGCAGCAGCAGCAGCAGGAUAGCUGGCCCCUGUUCAGGAGACACGUGCAGACAAGGCAGAGUGGAGAGGAGCAGCUGCGAGAACGUCAGCCCGUGCAGUGGGACUUUCGCUCGCUGCUCAGCACCCGGAAAACCACCCGGAACGAGCAGCAGUAG